AUGGCCAGAGCAUCAGCAUCGUGGGAGAAGUCGGCGCCCCCGAGAUCAUUCUCAAUGCCUUCACCUGCAAGAGCCCAACGAAGGCCAACUGUUCCUCAGCGCCAAGGAACUCGAGGAUCGACAAAGAAGCCUGCGUCAACCUCGUUCUCAGGAAAAGAUAUCCACGAGACAGAAGCCAGUGAAGUCUGGAAACAAUGCGCAUUUGAGGCUCAGAUGGAAAACACCUUGGUAAUCGCAGUUGUCCAUCCUAAGCAGGAGGGACAUCUUAAAAUCAUGAGACUGAUGGAGUCCAAAGCCAGAACUUCUCGACGCAUCUUCAUUUGCAACGCGGGAGCACUCCAGAAAGUCAUUGAGCAAGAGAUCAACAAGAAACGUGGAUUGGAGUGUAAACACCUCCGCAUCGUCGUCAGCUCCGUCAUCCAAUCGAUUUGCUACCAGAUUUCAUCGGUUGUAAAGAGUGUCUUCAUCAAAAUCUCUGGCAUAUUUCAACGAAACACUCCCUACAAACUUCGCAUCGACGAGAAAUCGACGUAUUGCUCCGAGAACAGCGAUAGCUGGGGUUACCGUAACCGCAUUGCCCACGCCACUCACGAGCUUGUGCACUUCUUCGGCUGCUACUUCCCGUAUAGAGAGAAACCUGCUAAUUAUGACGCACAAGCCUGGGUUCGGGACCAAAAGUGUAUAACUCCGCCUACACUUGAGGUCAAGGAGGAAAUCGUCAAUACCCUGAGAGAAGUUACACACAUCCAAAACCCCCAGAGUUCAUCUGCACCAGAGUCGCCCCCAACCCCUAACACUGGCCCCCCUGCUGGAGAAGGCGGACUUAAGAAGUUGAAGGCAUUGUUUGCCGCUGUCGUGGGAUUGGUAGCUGGGUACGGUGCAGCAGGUGGUGUCGUUUGGUUCAAUUCCAGCGGGGUCUUCAUCACUGGACCACUGGGUCUCAAGCUUGCAGUUGGCUAUGUCAGUAUCGGCGCCGCAGGGGCAGCUUGCGCGGCCGGUGUGGGCGUUGGGACAGCGGCAGCGGCAGCAGCGGCAACCUAUCUGGUGCCUUGGGAACGACUUUGGGGAUGGAUCACGAGCAUGCUCUCAAGUAUCUGGGGAACUGUAAAGGAUACUUUCGUCUGGCUGUGGGAGAAGAUCAAGUCUGCGGCAAGUUAUGUGGGCUCAUGGUUCUGA